CAAUCGGCGAGAACCGAGCGGGGAAGAUGGGGGACCUGAUCUUAGGAUAGGGAGAUAGAGAACUGGGCAAUAUCGAGGCCUCAUGUGCUCCCCUGGGGCCCCUGGGGUGUGGCGCUGGAAGUCGUGUUCAACAGCUCGACCUUUUGUAUAACCCUCCAUGCUGAGUCUCAUCCCACAACAUCCAGCUCCGAAAUUAUCUUCCUCUCAACACGUACUGUAGAAGAACAAGAGAUUCGAAAAUGUCGACAACCGUCACCGUGCCACCACCCGCGACAUCCAAGUUGGAGCUUCGCACUGCUUAUGGCCCUGUAUUUCGAGAUGUCUUGAACACCCCGCCUCGAGAGUGCACCGCAGAGGAGAUCCCCAUUAUUGAUCUAGCGCCCAUCUCCUCCCCCAAAUUCGAGGAUCGCAAGGCGCUCGCCGCAGAAUUCCGAGCCGCUGCCGUAAACACGGGGUUCUUUUACAUCAAGAACCAUGGCAUUGACGAAAAGACCAUCGCCGAUGCGAAGAAGCAGCUUUUGGCGUUUUUCCGCCAGCCCUUGGAUCAGAAGAUGAAGAUUUCCCAGGCGAGAUCAAAGUUUUUCAACGGGUACAAGGCGCCUAGAAGUACAAAUAUCAGCCCCGGUGAGAGCAUCGAUGUCAAAGAAUCUAUUGGAUGGCGAUAUGAUCCCAAAUACGACCCCGAAAAAAAGGACCUCGCUGCCAUCCCCGAGGAAGUGAAGCCCUGGAUCCGCGGCGAAGACUUCAUCUGGGAAGGGACCUCGCACCUGCCAGGCUUCAAAGAGGAAGUCCUUCGAUACUGGGCGGCCUGCUUGACCCUCGCUCGGAAACUAGUCAAGAUCUUUGCGCUGAGUCUUGAUCUCACAGAAGACUAUUUCGACAGCCGGACGACGUACCCGGGCGCUGAUGGAGUCUUCAACUAUUACCCGGUCUCGACGGAAGAGGAUGUAGCGAACAACGCCGUGGGGCUGGGAAGCCAUACCGAUCUGCAGUUGUUCACGCUGCUGUGGCAGGAUAUGACGGGUGGUCUGCAAGUUCUGAACCGCGAGGGGCAAUGGAUCAAAGCGACCCCCGUCGAGGGAACCAUCGUGGUGAACAUCGGCGACUUCAUGAUGAGACUCUGCAAUGACAUAUACAAGAGUACCGUUCAUAGAGUCUACAACCGAUCCACUGUUGAGCGAGUCUCGAUGCCCUUCUUUUUCGGUCUCAACUUCAACUGUGUCGAGGGCGUCGUGCCCUCCUGCACAUCCGCCGAAAAUCCAGCUAAAUACGAACCGAUCUCAUGCGGAGAUUGGUGUCAACUCAGAUUCGAACUUGAGCAGCGCGAGACCAGGAAGAAAAACGCUCCGAAGGCUCAAGCUCCCAGUGCCGUGAUCGUAGCCGCCUAGUCCUCUCCAAGGAGUCCUAUUCAACAUCUGUAAGAUAGAUAGAUAAAAC